AUGGCCCACGUGCAGGGCAUUGAUGUAGCGUAUGAUAGUUGGAUGGACGAGUGCAUUGCCUGGGUCUCAUGGCAAAUUCGUGCCAGUGCCAUCUUUGCGCCGCUUGCCACGUCAGCACAGGCAUGCGCGCUAGCAGCUCGCGAUAUAUGUGACCGUGCUUGGGCGUUGGCACAGCAUGAUCGUGAUGUGUACACUAACAGGUUGAACCGUCUGAGGCGUAGGCCAGUCGAUAGCACGCACGCUGAGGAGUGGCACGAGCACAUCGUACAUGCCCUUGCCGCACUGCAGCUGACGCGGGAUCAGUGGCAAGCCGAGGCGUCGGGCGUGUCGCUUUUAACCACGGCCGAGAGGGAUGCAGCCAGGACGCGAGCGAAUCUGUUCUGGGAGUCUUUCUUGCAUUUUGAAGAUCCGCUCACGCCCAGGCAACUGCAGCAUGCCUUUAACGAUGUGCACGACUUUCAACCGUCAGCUGGAGCAGACAGCUCGGCAGCACAGACGCAGCCUGUUGCAGAGGCAGCAGGCGCUCAGAUGACGGACGAUAACGUUUCACUCGAUUCCAGCAUGUCAUUUGGAUGCAUGGCUGGGCACGCCGGGGCUUCAGGCGUGCAUGAAACUGAUACGGAUGACGACCUAUAUGCAGAUGCAUCAGACACGAGCUUCGUGCAACUGAGUGCUGGGAGCCCAGUUGCGGAGCAGCAAGGUUGGAUCAUAUGCUCGCCGGAGGUAGGGGAAGUCCAGCUCAAGGCGGAGGCGGAGUUCGCGCUGGGGGCGGCUGCGCCUAGCGAGGCCCCGCUCAGGUUGCGCAAGCAGUGGUGGGAUGAGACCACGCGCAGUGUAGCCAAGUUCGGGGCCCUGGCACGAGGGCUCUUAGAGCACUUCGCAGCCACUGAGAGAGCCAAGAUUUGUACAGUACCAGAGCUCGUGACCCGCUAUAAUGAGCAGCAGCAGCAAUUCCACUCGAGCGGGCAUCGUGAGCUGGCAGACUUGUAUUCUUUAGCGGGACUGCAGUGCGACAUCCAGUGUGCGGCGAGGCGCAGGGCAGCAGGGCACGAUUUGUGCACCAAUGAUCUGUAUCAGGACUUGGAGGAUGUCAUCGACAAUCUGCAGUUGCCGCUAGCGCUUGAAGGGGUGAUGAGGCAGUUGCUGGCAGAGCCAGCUGUGUUCGACAGGGUAGGUACCCCGCACCUGAGAGAUGCAGUUGCCGAUGUUAACUCGAGCACUUGGUUCCAGGUAAAAGAUGCUACGUCCGUGGCACAAGCGACGUUGGGAGCAAGGCCGGGCAUGCCCCCUGCAGAUUUCUUUUUUACCCUCGCUUUUGCCCCCGUGCAUGAGGAGUUGAGGAUGAGGUUUUUCGCCGGAGGUAUCGACUUAAACGUUGAAGACAUGUGCCCGCGGGUAGGACGCACCUUCACCAGCCGCGACAAGCAGCUGGACAGCCGCAUAGGGUCACCUUCGUAUGUGGACGAUCCUGCCGUGCUGCAGGCAUGUGCCAAGGCACGAGACUGCUGUAAGUUGGCCGAAGUUGUCGUAACAGCUGUGCAUCAAGUGAUGACGGCGAGGGGGUUUGUCGUCAACUACGGGGAGGGCAAAUCGACCCUGUUGUUCCACCCUAUCGUCGAGGGCAAGAAGGUUGUUAAAGCGAAGAUAGCCGCGUUUAAGGGGGAGAUGUGGGUCCCUGCUAUCCAGCGUUCCGUUUUUGUUGCCGACGUGUGCAGGCACUUGGGAUCUAUGGUGCAGGAUUCGGGCGCUAUGAAUGCGGAGCUUGCGCAUAGGCACCACACUCAGUUGGGGGUACUCGGGGGACUUAAGAAGGCGGUUUUCACCCGUAGCAACGAUUUACCUGUUGACACCCGUGUCAAGUAUGCUGCUGCUUUCUGCCACAGCCGAGUGCUCUUCCAUGGUGCCGUCUUGUCCGCACUCAAUGCAGGUAAUCAGAAGUACUUGGAAACUGCGUUUAUGGCCCCUCUCAGGGCUGCCGUGGGCCUUCGGAAGCAGGUCCCCGAGGUCCCGCCACAGGUGCAGGAUUUCUAUGUGCCCUACGACCCUUAUUUCGAGGGUCACGGGUGGGGCCGCUACGCGGCGGACAGUACACUUGUAAGUAAAGUACAAUCAAGCGUACAAGGGCAGGACUUGAGCAACAGCCUGGCGUACAACGUGCUUGAGGAUCUCCAGAAGGGCGGCUCCAUCAGCAAGGUCGAGAUGGAUUUGUUCAAGAGCAAGUACAAAAAGCUGCACGAGUUCGUGCUCCAGACCUACGACAACGAGCGCAAGUUCCGCACGCGCGCCAGGGACCUGAACAACAAGCUGACCGCGGAGAAGAUCCGGCUCGAGAAGACCACCAAGGAGUCGCAGGACGACCAGCAGAGCAUCCAGCAACUCACGGACCAGAUACAGGAGAUCCAGAGCGAGUUCGAGAUCGCCCAGGACAGGGACAUGGUCCUGCAGGUCCAGAUAUCGGAGCUGGAGCACGAGAAAUCGGAGAAGGAGCGGCAGCUGCUGGAGCGCGAGGAGGAGAUCCGCGCCGCGGCCGAGCCGAAGCUGCGGGAGUGCAGGGACGAGAUCAAGCAGAUCCAGGAGGAGCUGGAGAUGCUCAGGCAGCAGGAGAGCCGCGACCAGCAGCGCCUUGAGGAAUACAACGAGAGGUGCACCCUCAUAGAGGCCGAGACGGCCACCAACAAGGAGCCUGCCUGGGGCUUGGGCGAGCCCCGCGUCCUGAGGUUCGAGCACGGGCGGGCGCACGACGGGCGCGCAGGCUGGUUCGAGAACGUAUCCAGGCCCCGGCCGUACCCACCAACGUAG